ACAGGAAGACCAAGAACGACAUACAGGUGAAGCUGGGCACGAACAGAUUGGACCGAGUGGAACAGGGACGAAAGCAGAUACCGGCGAGCCAGCUCAUCCAACACGAGUAUUACCAGCCGCAGGACAGGUUCCACCACCACGACAUCGGUCUCGUGAAGCUGAAGCAGCCGGUGCAGUACGACAAUCUCAUCAAGCCGAUCCGCCUGCCCACCGAAGCCGAGGGCAUGCAGAAGCACCACGGCCUGCGGGGCCAGCUGAGCGGCUGGGGCGCCACGCACAACUCCGGCCCGCAGCACCCGCAGCUCAAGUGGGCGCGGCUGCCCGUCUCGCAGCCCGGCACGUGCCCCCAGCUGAACGGCGCGCCCUACGCGCACACCCAGUUCUGUUCGGACGUGGUCGACUACCGGGGGGGCAGGGGGCCGCCCACCCAGGCCAACCAGGGCCACGACGCUUGUAAGGGAGACUCGGGCAGCCCGUUCAUCGCCGACCACACCCUGAAGAACACCCCGGUGCAGUUGGGCAUCGUGUCCUACGGGAGGGAGUGCGGCGGGAGAUUCCCCACCGUGUACACGCACGUGGGCUCCUACGUGCCGUGGAUCAAGUACCACACGGGCGUCGGCGGCGGGUAGAUGUGUAGCACCAUAAACACGCCGGUGGAACGGAAGGA